CGCCGACAGCAAACAGUCUGAGAGAGGCUGGGAGGGAUGUGACGCUCUGCCGGCGCAGGUCCUCGCUCGAGCAGGCGGCUUUCCCUUCCUCUUCCACCUCCGUUUCGUGGAGAAUGGGACAAACCCGGAACUCUGGCCCGAGAACUCUUCAGGCGGCGAAAGCGUCGCUCACCCCCCUCUCAUAGCGGCGGCGCUCCGCAGCCGCUGCGCCCGAGGCGCGGAGAAGCAGCCCAAUGGAGCUCACGGAGGUGGACUUGGGCGACGACAGGGAGGGCGCUGGAGCAGAACCUGGCAGAGGUGUCGCGGAACCGUCUGCUCGGAGCAGAGUAAGCAGCCACGCGGGCAGCCUGGUGGAGGACAAAGAGGCGGAGCAGGAGCCCGGCCGGAGCAGAAGGGCCAGCCGCGCCUCCGCUCUGGUGAGCGGGCUGCUGACCGAGCUCUACAGCGCGGCGCGCGUUCGCCACCGCGACAGCGUCGACAGUUCCACGGAGGCGUCCGCCGGCUCCGACGUCUUCCCCGGGGGCAGAGGCAGCAGCGCCGAAUCCCGCGUCCUGCAGGAGCUGCUGCUGAACUCGGGUCAACGGCACCAGAGGAAGUACCUGGCUCAGAAAGAUUUUAGUGAAUUGACAACAGUAAUACAGGAGUUUAAUUAUAGAAUUUGUGUUCAGUCAGCCAAACUGCUUCGCCUUCUGAAACAAAAGGACAGACUUUUACAUAAAGUCCAGAGGAAUUGUGAUAUUGUAACAGCCUGUUUACAGGCAGUUUCCCCCAAACGACGAGUGGACACAAAGUUGAAGUUCACACUUGAGCCGUCAUUAGGUCAGAAUGGUUUUCAACAGUGGCAUGAUGCUCUCAAAGCAGUGGCAAGGCUGUCCACAGGAAUCCCAAAGGAGUGGAGAAGAAAGGUUUGGCUCACUUUGGCAGAUCACUAUUUAAAGAGUAUAGCGAUUGAUUGGGAUAAAACUAUGCGUUUCACUUUCAACGACCGCAGUAAUCCUGAUGAUGAUUCCAUGGGAAUACAGAUUGUGAAGGAUCUUCAUCGAACUGGAUGCAGUUCUUAUUGUGGCCAAGAGGCAGAACAAGACAGAGUGGUAUUGAAAAGAGUUUUAUUGGCUUAUGCCAGGUGGAAUAAAUCUGUGGGAUAUUGUCAAGGCUUUAAUAUCCUUGCUGCUCUCAUCCUGGAAGUAGUAGAAGGCAAUGAGGGAGAUGCAUUAAAAAUAAUGAUUUACUUAAUUGAUAAAGUGCUGCCUGAUAGCUAUUUUGUUAAUAAUCUGAAAGCACUAUCUGUUGACAUGGCAGUGUUCCGAGAUCUUCUGAGAAUGAAACUUCCUGAGUUGUCUCAGCAUUUGGAUACUCUCCAAAGAAUUGCCAACAAGGAAAGUGGAGGUGGGUAUGAACCCCCACUUACAAAUGUCUUCACUAUGCAGUGGUUCCUGACCCUGUUUGCUACAUGCCUUCCUAACCAUACAGUUUUAAAAAUUUGGGAUUCUGUAUUCUUUGAGGGUUCAGAAAUUAUACUAAGAGUAGCAUUGGCUAUUUGGGCAAAACUCGAAGAGCAGGUCAAUUCUUGUGAAACUGCAGAUGACUUCUAUGGCACCAUGGGAAAAUUAACGCAGGAGAUGCUGGAAGAUAAACUCAUUGAUAGCAAUGAGCUCAUGCAGAUGGUUUAUUCUAUGGCCCAGUUCCCCUUCCCUCAGCUAUCUGAAUUAAGGGAGAAAUAUACAUACAACAUUACACCAUUUCCUGCUACGGUAAAAUCAACUGCAAGCCGACUGGGAAAAAUAAAAGACAGCGAUGAAGAAAAUGAAAUAGAUGAUGAAGACUCCCUAGCAAAUGUUAUUGGAUGUCUUGGACCAUUUAGUGGAUUUUUGGCUCCAGAAUUACAGAAGUAUCAAAAGCAUUUCAAAGACCAUAAUCAAGAACACAGUUUAGGCUCGAGUAACAUUGCAGAACUAAGUCCUGGUGCAAUAAAUGCUUGCCGAAAUGAAUAUCAUGCAGCUUUUAACAGUAUGAUGAUGGAACGUAUGACAACUGAUAUCAAUGCAUUGAAAAGACAGUAUUCUCGGAUAAAAAAGAAGCAGCAACAGCAGGUUCAUCAUGUGUAUAUCACCGCAGGGUCUGAAGAUGAUGACCUUGGGAUAGUUUUAGAUCCCAGGGACCAGCUGAAUAAUGAUAAAGGACCAGUUACCAGUCUUAUGCCUUCUCAGGUGAACCAUUCUCCAGUAAUCAACCAUCUUUUGCUAGGGAAGAAGAUCAAACAAACCAGCAAGUCUGCCAGAAACAAUGUUCCAAGCCACACUGGGGGAAAGAUGUUACCAGGUCCGCAUGAAGAUAUUAAAGCAAAGCUAAACUCUCCAUGGCGCACUCACAUGAGGGUACAUCGAAAGAACCUAGCGCGAGCCAAAGGCCACCUGGGCUACGGAGAUACAAUAGGACUAAUAGAGGAACAGAGCGAACACGGGAAUGCUAGCAGUAUUAAUACAAAAGAAACUGCAAAUAAAUCUAAAACUAUAGAAGGUGAUGGGAACAUUUCAACAGAUGGACAAUCUCCUGAACCAACUUAUAAAGAUAAUGAUUCCAGUGUCUACGUAUCAGAGGUCCAGCAGAAGUUGGAAACCUUGGAACUUACACAGAAUAGUAGAGAUGGUACUGACGAUGAAACACACAGUUCUGAGUUGCCAAGUUUAGCCAAUGACAGUGGAAUAGUGGCAAAAUCCUGCACUUCUAAGCCACAGGUCUUUUGUCCUUUCCCUAGUGUCAAGCCACUCAGAAAAUCAGCUGCAGCCAGAAAUCUAGGAUUGUAUGGCCCAAAUGAAAGAACCCCAACUGUACACUUUCCACAAAUGAGUAGGAGCUUUAAUAAGCCUACAAGUGGUAACAGUGGGUCUAAAAAACGAUGAUAUGUGAAACAACUGGCACUUCAUUAGUAUAAUUGUUACAUACCAUUAUUGUAGGUUUUAUUUCCAAUAUACAUAACCAAUUUCACUGUAUUUAAGUAAAUGACAAUACUUAUUAUGCUUUAUGCUUCCAAAGGGAUUUAUAAUUAACUCUUUCAUUGGAAAUAAUGAAGAUAAACCACUUAUGUAUACAUUAUACAAAAAUAAUUGGUUUUUUUUAAUGUAGAACUACAUAGUGGCAUAAUUCUUUUUCACAUUAAAAAUUGUCUUGCAGCAUGAAAAAUGUUUGCCACUUUAUAGAUAAUAGCCAUAGGAAAGAACUUUAGAAAGUUUAAUUCUAAACUGUUCGGUCAAGAAUUCUCAAAUACCUGAAGGGCAAUCUUUAACUUUAUUCACAUCCAAAAAAUAUUAUCAAGACUUCCAGUGGCUUACUAACAGACAUCCUUAGCAACUUAGAAGAAAAGUGCUUGUCAUCUGUAUUCUAAAACUUAACAUAUUUAAACACCUGCAUUUUCAGUUUUCUGCCACUGCUAAUUCUUUUACAUAAUUUUAUCAGGCUAAGAGAGAUGUUAACACAUUUUAUUUUUUACUUAUCCUGUGUCGCUAAUUAUUUUUAAUAAGUCACAAUGAUUGUAGGGAAGACAUUCUUACAUCUGGUUCUUUUUAUCAUUUUCAGCAGCAUUUGCUGUUACAGGAAAUAUUCUUGGCCUAAUCCUAGAUUACUCAAAUUUAAACUGAGGGAGCUUAUUCUCAGAUAAGUGAAUAAAGGAUACCUGACAAUUAACCAACCUUCCUUAAGUCAGAUUCGGUGUAAUGCUUUCCCUAAUGUGUCAGCUUGCCAGUUAAGCAAAGUCAUGUUUGUGUCUCUGUACUUUUUAAAGUACUUUUGGCAGCUAAGGGGUUUAAGCGGUUUUCUCCAUACAUUGCUAAUUCUGUCCACACUUGUAGUGAAAUGAUUGAUUCAGAAGUAUGAAGAGUUUGAAUCUAGUGUGCAUUUUGCAGUAUAAAACAGAAUGAGAAAUCUGUGUCUUUUUACUGAAAUGCGGUUCCAACAGUCUCAUUAUUAGCUACCGUAUGUUGCUUUGACAUAGCAGGAAAAGGAACUUUUUAGAUGUUUCUGGACUACACAUUCUCAACUCAUGAUAUAAAGACUGUUAAAAGUCUUUAGUCUGGCAAGUAUUAUAAAAUGUCGGAUUUAUUCCUUGUUGGCAUUUUUAAAACAAAACUUUUUAUUUUUAGUGCUAAUUGAUCAGGAGUGUGUAGAAUCACAGAAGAGUUUUCUGUGCUGCUCUAAAUACAGGUAGUCCUCAACUUACAACAUCUUGUUUAGUGACCAUUCAAAAUUACAAUGGCC